UCAUUAUAUGUGAAGAGAGAGAGGAAGGAAGACGGAAUCCUACGUCGUUAUUUCUGGUUCUCUAGUUCGUAAUAAGAGUUAUUUAUGGAAAAAUAACAAUUUUGUGUAAGGCUGAUGUGACCUCUUUAUCAGUCCUUGAUCUUCUUCAAAGCGAUAACAUAACAUCUCCAGUUAUUAUUGUUAGCAGUCGAAGUGUGCGCCGUUUGUUAAAGUGAAAUGGUUAAUCUCGAAAUGUCGCAGUAAUUCGUCAACAAAACAAGAAAUUAUGGCGUAUUUGAUACAGUACAAGGGGCUGGACAAACCGGGGCGAGAAUCCAUACAUUCUGGACAGUUUAUGGUGUCUCAGUUCGAGGCCGAGGAGCAGGACGACGAGGACAAUGUUGCUGUUCCUAUUCCAGAAGUUAUCGAUAACAAGGCUAUCGUUCCAGUUAAGCCUUACAUACAGGGACCUUUGGAUUGUAUAACUGCCAAGAAGAAUCCACAACAAGUGGCUAUUGAUACGAGCCUGUCCAAAUUAUUUCAAUGCAUGUCUCUGGCUUAUCGGCAGAAGCUGACGUCACCCAAAUGGAACCGUUUCCGAGGCAUAAGACUGAGAUGGAAGGACAAAAUCCGAUUGAACAAUGUGAUAUGGCGGUGUUGGCAUUUACAAUUUAUCAAAAAGGAAAACACCCUCAUUUGUCAAUUUGCAUCCCCCUUGGAUGUCGACACCCAUAACAAGCCUGAGGCGAUAGUUUUGGAAGGAAAAUAUUGGAAAAGGAAACUAGCUGCCGUCACAGCGGAAUACAAAAAAUGGCGGAUGUUCUACAGAAACAAUAUCCUUGGACACACUCCAAAGGAAAGCAUGGAUAUGCUAAACGAUGUGGACGCGCUGUUGUUCGACUCGAACAGCACGGACAACAUGAACAUGAUGGUGGACGAGGACUACAUGGGCCUGAUGAGCGACACCUUGUUCUCCACCAUAACCAAUCAGCCGUUCGUGUUCCCCGACACCAGGGAAAUCGCCAGAGCCGGCCUGGCCGACUUCAUUCAGCCUAGUCUCGGGCCCUUGCAGCCGAAUCUAGACGAUUACAUGGACACCUUCGACCCUUUGCAAGAAUUUAUUAAUAAUAAGCUACCUACUGUACCUGAAGAACACUCCCACUGGGACUAUCCUGAAACUAUUACCACAGCUGAACUAACUGUCCAGGUAUCCCACACACCAGACAGUUCAGCUGUUCAACAGUACCAACCGCAGAUCCAAGACCUCAAUCAGCAGCUAAAUAUGCAAAAGUCCGAUAUUCUGAUACAACAGGAUAGCCAACAUAACCUCAUGUCGUCUGCUUCUUUCAGUGACUUGAUCGCGCAGACGCGGGAAGUGUAUCUGCAGCAGCAAAACUUUUCUUCUGUUAUCUCGAAAACCAGCGCCAAGUCGAACCAAAGGGCUAAACUGAGUCAUAGUCAUAGUAUACCUCCUGUUUCUUAUAACAAACCCAUCGAAAGUACGCAGGUUCAUCAAGGUUACAGUACGCAAGGGAGCAGAACCGAACACGUCAUCAUCAAUGACAGAAUUCAAGUGCCACUAUCGAAGAACUGUACGCCAGUACAGCAACACAGUCAAGACUUACAGCAGCAGCAUCAGCACGAACAGUUUAGGCAACCGCAACAACCAUCGAACCAGGGUUACAAGUUCGCGACCCCGGUAAGGCCCACCCUCAAGUUCACAUCACAGAGCGUGCCUCAGGUACAGACGCAGACGCAUUUGAUGCAACAACCCUCUAUGCACCCCCCUCAACCUUCCCCCUAUCACCCUAGUUUUAGCCCAGUAGAUGAUAAGAUGGAGAGUAGAAGAAGGUCUACACCAAGAGGUAGGGGUAGAUCUCGAUCAAAUACCAGGGAACCCAUAAAGAGACCUCCCCUUAUAUCUGCUGUGAGUGAUCCAGCGUUACUCACACCCCAAACAAACGUUCUUUUAACGCAGUUACUUACAAAUAGUUCACCUCUCAGUGAUGCGGUGUAUAGUCAAAACCAGAGCUUGAGCACGUCUCAGGAACUGAGCCAGCAUAUCAGGAUCAAAGAGGAGACGAGUCCGGUGCCCAUAUUGCCCCAACCGCCGCCUACCACGAUUAUUUCUUUGCCGGCCCAAAUUACCGUCACUCCUGUUUCAAUGUCCAGCAGUGAUCCGCUUCUUCUCAGCACGUAUAGUAAUUCAAGCAGUCCCAUCAUGGACUCGCCGCAAAACCUCCAUUCCCCUACGUCGUCCCAAGGUUCCAUAGGUUCGCCUGGUAGGGACAACAACAGGGACAGGAGGGCCGGCCAUAUUCACGCCGAACAAAAACGACGGUGCAAUAUUAAAAAUGGGUUUGAUAUGCUUCAUUCGCUCAUACCGCAUCUCAACCAGAAUCCAAACGCAAAGUUAAGUAAAGCGGCCAUGCUACAAAAGGGCGCCGAAUACAUUAGGCAACUGAAAUCGGAAAGAAACCAAAUAAGAGAGGAGAUGGAUUUGUUGAGGCAACAGAUCGAAACUUUGAACACGUCCAUAAGCUAUGUAUUUUAUAGUAAUUGUCAGUCGUUGUUACCCGCCACUGGAGCGCCAGUUUCGCGAAGAAGGGACAACAAAAUGCAGGAAAUGUUUGACGAUUACGUCAGCAAUAGGACGAUGGACAAUUGGAAGUUUUGGAUUUUUAGUCUUAUAUGUAGGCCGUUAUUGAAUUCGUUCAAUACGUUCGUUUCAACGUCCAGUGUGGACGACCUUUACAGUUCUACAAUGUUGUGGGUCGAGCAACACUGUACCCUUGGUGAUCUCAGACCGGUGGUUUUAAAUUCGUUAAGGUAUCUGUGCACAAAAACCGAAAUAUUAACAGAACCAGAAAAGUUACCUGAAGAAGCUAAACAAAUAGUUUUACGUAGAGAUAAAUGAAAAAAGAGCUAUUAGGUUAUAAGCGGUUAAGUUUUCUCAGCGCACGGUUUUUUGCUCAUUUAUUGUUUUUUUGUUAUGUAUAUAAUUUUCAUCCACCGAUAUAGUACAAUAAAGCAAUGCAUCUAACUUAAUCCUUGCCAAAAAAUGUAUAUGUUUAAGUUUCAUUCUUUCUGUUGACUGAUCAGAGAUUCAUAUUUUUAUCUUUUAUUAAUUUUAACGCAUAUCUAUUGUGUAAUAUUCCUUGUGUAAUAAAACUAUUAUUAAUUGUUACUGAGUGCCAUCCAAAAAAAAAAACGUAAAAUACGAAUAUAUUUAUAAUGAUGGUUGAAUUUUAUUAAGUCGAUUUUUCUAAUCUCGUAAUAUUGUAGAAUGUCUUCCACGUUUUAAGCAUCCAAAUAGUGGCCUAAACCUAGAGGCACACAGGAAGAGCAAAACAGUUUUAGUCAAAAACAUUUUUCACUAAAUGCGUUUUCAUGUGAUACUUCAAUGAAAAUAAAAUGGGCUAAGGCAUACUGAUCAGUCUGGUGAUGGAGAACUAGCCUCUGUGAAGUCCUCUCAAAUAUUGGCUUCUGUCAAAGCCCUGAGAUUGUAUGAUGAGUUAUAUCUCGUUAUAACUCAAGAAAGGGGGACAUAUUGAUCAGUCGCGAGUGUUAAGACAAGUUUAGGCUCGUUUAGUCACAAUCUGUAUCUCUGCCGUACACAUUUGAUUGUAAAUAAAACAUUUUGCUUCUCUUUGAAACAUAAUAUUUGUGUAAACAAACAUACCUUUUUGUCCCGAACAAAAACGUUUUUGGCUAACACAGUUUUGCUCUUUCUGUGUGCGCUUAAGAAUUCUAAAAUUUCCCAUUUUUGUACAAAAUUCUUUUCAUCUUAGUGUUAAAACUGUUUAAAACUUAAUUAUUUGAGAUGUCCGUGAAACAUGCAUUAUUUAAAUAUUUUUAUAGCGUCUCGUGCCUUAUAUUAGAGGUAAUAAUGUUUUCUAAAUUUGUCUAAGAUACCUACCUACUUAUACAUGGGUAUUAUAUAUUUUAAUAUUUUUUUGUAGGGUACUUAUUUUGUAUAAAUUUUGAACGAACACUUGU